AUGGCAUUGCGAUUUUUAGGGAAAUCAACUCUUGUCGGUACAUCAAUACUUGCAGCUUAUUACGGGAUAGCUGACAAUCAACACAAGCAAGACCUGAAAGGUCUUUUUAAAAGCUCAAUCAACGCUUGUCGAGCAAGUAAAAUACUAGCCUUAUCAGUAUGAGAUUACUACUAUAAUCUAAGAGGUCUUGAAUAUGUAAGUCCAGAAUAUCACGAGGCGAGAUCCAAAAUUCACUAUCGAGUAGCCAACAGAAUUCUCUCUCUAAGUGUAAGUAGUCGUGGUAUUUACUUUAAAGCAGGCCAAUAUCUUGGAAGCUUAGAAAGAAUCAUGCCUAGAGAGUUUACCGAAGUCUUGCAUGUGCUCCAAGAUAGCGCUCCACCUCUCAGCUAUGAUGAAAUUAAAAUAGUAAUGGAAACAGAUCUCCCCAGGUAUCAAGAUGGGUUUUUAAGUUUUGAGGAAAACGCAAUCGCCGCAGCUUCAUUAGCACAAGUACAUGUAGCCCACUUAAAGACUGGAGAAAAAGUUGCUGUGAAAUUACAGUAUCCUUUUCUUCAGUCACAGACAAAGUCUGAUUUUAGAGUGCUGAGAAAUAUAACUGCUGUGUGCAAUUGGCUUUUGAAAUAUUAUGAUUAUGAAGGAAUGGAUUUAUUGAAGUUGUGGAAAACCUUCCAUGAUAUGUGUACUAAGGAGAUUGAUUUUAAUUACGAAAGAGAAAACGCUGAAAAGACCAAAAAGAUAUUUGAAAAUGAUAAAAGGGUGUAUGUGCCUAAAAUUUAUAGAGAACUGAGCGGGAAAAGGAUACUUACAAUGGAAUUUGUGUCAGGUGUAAAAAUCAAUGAUACAAAUGGGAUGACUGCUGCUGGGUUUAAUUUAAAUAAAGUAUCUGAUAUCCUCAUGAACACCUUUGCUAGGAUGAUUUUCAUUGAAGGCCAUGUGCACUGUGACCCUCAUCCUGGGAAUCUUCUCAUCAGAGCAGCUCAAGAUGGGGAUCCUCAGCUUAUCCUUCUAGACCAUGGCUUUUACAGGUCGAUGGACAAAAACUUUAGAGUUGAUUUUUGCAAGAUCUGAAAAGCCAUGCUUUACUUUGACUAUACUGAAGUCAAAAGAAUUUGUGACAAAAUAGGCAUCGGAGAAUACUACAAAUAUUUGCCUUUGAUUUUAACCUAUAGGACUAUAGAUAGCAGAAAGCAGAUUGGAGAAAUCAUUAGCCAGGAAGACAAACAGAAGCUGCACAAAUCCAAUGAUAUUACGUUUGAAAAGAUAACGAGGCUUAUGCAGGUUCUUCCUCCUGAUUUAUUGUUCAUAAUCAGAACUAGCAACUUAGUGGCUCUCCACAACUUAAAGCUAGGCGGAACUACAAGAAAGAGGCUGCUUCUCUAUACUGACUAUUCUCUGAAAGGUCUCCACAAAUACAGAAUCAGCUACUAUUGGGAAAAGCUUAAAUUCUGGAUUUGGAGGAACAUUUUUGAAUAUUUUUUUAUUACUCAUUAA